AUGUCAGCGAACACGUUGAGGUUGAACGUUACCCACUAUGGUGUGCUAGUUUGCAGUGAUAAUGAAAAACUUGGUGGCGUUCUGGGUGUGGGAAAACGAUACAUCGAUGUCUUCGGAAACGAGCGGAAGUCUGAGCUUGAAGAAUGGCAUAUAUUUUCCACGAUUUACGGCGAGCUGCCUUCGAAAGAAGAUUUAGAUACUUUUACUGGCUUUUACAUUUCGGGAAGUGCCCGAUCUUCAAACGAAGAUUCAAAGUGGGUCGAGGAUUUAAAAACGUUUAUACGUACAGCGGCUAAACAUCCCUCAAAGCCUCGCGUUGUUGGCGUUUGUUUUGGACAUCAGGUUAUUGCGGAAGCUCUUGGGGGCAGCGUUACUGUCAAUCCAUCCGGGAAAUUUGUCCUGCAAAGUGAGAAGAUCGAAACAGUCGACCAAUACAAUCGAUUAUACAGAGCUUUCAGAGAUCUUCUCGAGAGUCGUGGUUCUCUACGAUUGCUUGAGUCCCAUGAGGAUUGUGUUGCAUCCCUCCCCGCUGGGGCUCAAAGUUUGGCGAGCUCUGCAACCUGCCAACAUGAAAUGAUUCAGUUUACGGAAAAUAUAUUUGGUAUUCAGGCUCAUCCUGAAUUUAACGUGCAAGACAUGGUCAAGGCGUUAAUUCCUAGUAAGUUAGCAGCAGGCAAAAUCGAUAAAGCAGGACAAAAAUUUUGUGAAGAAACUCUCAUUGAACCAUUGGAUUCAGCGAAAGUUGUAGCUGCGUUAAAGAAAUUUGUCGCCAAAGAAGAUGAUGAUUAAAAAUUUAUAAAGAGAAUGGUUAAGCUGAGGCUGGGAGGACACUCCCUAAAAUGGCUAUACAGGGCCGGAGAUUCCAAGCGAAAGGGCUCAAAGGAUAGAGAAUUCACUAGUUUAAGGUUAUGAAAAGGUUAGGAAAAGCUAUGAUUUUAGCAUUUAAAUUUAAUUAGAAAAGGCGCACCUUAAGACUUUAUCAUGUUGAUUUACGUCGGAAAAGAAAUAGGUGAUGCUUAACUUUAUUAUUUUGUGAUUAAAUAUUAAUUAGAAAUUGACAUUUGUAGCGCAUAGAAGUUAGAUUUCGUGACAUUAUGUAGACGAAGUCCGAUUAUAUUUACGAUAUAAAAUGAUGUAACUGCAUGCAUUUUCUUAGGCUAAGUAAGGUGAAAGAACGUGCGAUUUUGUAAUAGACACUUAAUUUAGAUACAUUACAAUGGGAACUUUUACUGUACAUGUGAUUAAUGUAAAAAUACUGCCUUACGCAAGGAUAGUAGAAAAACCACUGUAUACUUAGAAUGUUUUAGUUGAUCGUUGAUCGUUUAGUUACCUUGAUCGUUGUGUUACGACCGUUGAAUAUGUGAGAAUUGCACAUCGCAGUAGAUUGUUGGAUUGGAUUAAAUCAUGUUGUUACAUCGAAAGAUACAGCCCUAUUGAUUUGUUUGAACCAGCUGAGCGGGGUUAAAAGAAUUCCGCAACAACUUAUGAACGUUAUACAAAAACGACCUGAAGACUUCCUGUUUUAAGCGAUUUACUCUAAUGAAUUACAGGGUAGAUAUAUUAAGGGGGCACCACUUUUCAAUGCAAGGUAUAUGAAACGAGUACUUUUUCUGUCAAAAAUGGUGUAAAAAAACUUAAAAGGGGAGGGGGUUGAACAGCUUGGAUCCUCCCCAUUUUAAACUUUGAUGGUCCUUGCUUUCAAAAUUGACCUUGUUUACCCCCCAAAAUUUUGUAUAACCAUGGCCUUCAAUUUCUCAUGCUGGCACGACUGUAGUUAGCUAGUGCAAAAUUUUGGAAGGAUAAGCAAGCUGCUUUGAGGUGGCCCAAGCUCUAGUCUGCUACACAGCCGUUUUUAGUGUCGUCACGCCACGCUCCUCCCCACUAACUACUAGUGGGGAGGAGCGUUGCGUGACGACACUAAAAACGGCUGUGUAGCAGACUACCCAAGCUCAAGCUGUGUGAUCAUGGCAAAAAUAUAAAACAUGAAUAUGAUAAAAUUACCAAUUAAAAUUCCUUACCUUAUCUCCACGAUGUAUUACUUGCUGUCUGUGCCCUUACUUUCCCGAUUCGAGGCGAUAUUUGCGCGCGAUUCCCUUCUGACCUUGAAAAACGUACUGUGAUUGGCCAAAUGGUUGUGAAAGAACGUGUGACGAAGAAUGUUCGUGGCUCGUGACUCGUUCGUUCGUGACAUCUGCGGGAGCUCCGGCGACAGGAUUACGUAAAUCUCAUCAGAGGAAAAUCCCAGCCAUAAACCUUUCCUCGAAGACUUCCCAUAUAAGUAUUGAUCAAGAAUCAUGUCUGGUAAUGGCAAGGAUCCUAAACGUUUCGCAGUUUUAGUUUGCGAAGAUGCAGAAAAAUGGGGUGGAAAGGAUCACAUAGGACAGCAUUUCAAGACCCUUUUUGAACGCCAAGAUGACACUGAAUGGCGUUGGUUUGACGUUUGUGCAGGAGAACUGCCUUCUGAGGAAGAUCUCGCUAAAUUUAACGGUUUUGUUUUCUCUGGAAGUCACCAUUCUGUCAACGACGACAAAGGUUGGAUAAGACAAGCAGAAAAUUUUGUCGUUUCAUUGUCCGCAAAACCUACUUCGCGCUUGGUUGGCAUCUGUUUUGGUCAUCAACUCAUUGCUAAAGCCUUAGGUGGCGUUGUUAGCAAAAACCCCUCUGGAAAAUUCAUUUUACAGACCGAGAAGGUCACAGCCACAAAAGAAAGUGGCGUGACAUCGAAAUUGUUCGAGAACGGGCCGAUAAAUGUCUUGGAAUCGCACAGCGAAUGCGUGGAAGAACUUCCCCCAAAGGCAGAAACCUUAGCAAGCUCGAGUACUUGUAAACACGAGAUUGUUAUGUUUACUGAAAACAUUUUGGGAUUUCAGUUUCAUACGGAAUUUACGGCAGAGGAGUGCGAGGAAAAAAUCCUCCCCAGUUUAUUGAGUCAUAACAUUUUGACGGAGAAAGAGGGAAUUAAAGUUCAGGAGUCGUUGAAGAUUCCCGUCCAUUCUGAUCAAGUGAACAAUGCGGUGCGUGAUUUUCUCCAUCAGUAA